AUGGAAGCCAACCCGGGCGUUGAACGCGAAGUUGUCCUGAUCCGAGGCCAGUCAGGCUUUGACUUUUCCAUCAAGGGAGGCAGCGGGCUCAACCUCCCCGUCAUCAUCAGCCGCGUCUUUGCCGGGGGUGUGGCCGAGCGCUCUGGCCAGCUGCACUACGGUGACGAGAUUUUGUCCGUCAACGGCAACAGCCUCAAGAACGCAUCACAUGAAGACGCCGUUCGAUUCCUCAAGGGCUCCGGCACCAAGGUGACGCUUGUUGUGCGAUCGACGCACGGAGUUGUGGCUUCAGAGUCUGUUUCCGCCGCGCUCCCACCUCCAGUUAUCGCGCCCGUCGCCAACGGCACCAGCACGCCUCCCGCCACUCCGCGUGUUGAGACGAAUCAACGCGCGCAGUCGACUCCUCGUGUUGAGGCGCCUGCUUCCUCCCGUGCGUCCAAAAAGUCCUCUGCGAGCACCCUGAAGCCCGUGGCGUCUGUUUCGUCCAAGAGCGAAGAGCUGGCGUACUCUGUGCCGGACGUGUACGACGAUGUGGACGAGAUUGCUCCCGACACUCCCCUCCCCGAGAACUGGUCCAUCGGUGUCGACUCCAUCACCGGACGCACCUACUUCAACGAUCACGUCAACGGCACGUCCACUUGGAUUGAUCCUCGCACCAAGAACACCCGCAAGGCGAGCGUGCGUGAGACCCUCCCCACCGAGCUGCCGUACGGCUUUGAGCGCGUGUUUGAUGCCCACGACAACAUCUUUUACAUUGACCAUGUCAACCAAAUCACGACCUUCUUGCACCCUUGGGACUUGGAGUCGGUUCGCCAAAAGAAGCAGAUGCUCGAGUUCCUCCGCGUCGAGCAGGCCAAGGUGACUUCUCAGCUGAGCAAGGUCCACAGCCUCCCCGCGGAGAUCCAGCACCACACCCGUGAGAUUGAGCUCCUCUACGCAGAACAGGAGCGCCUGAAGGAGAUUAUCGCUGGCGGCCGCAACGACCUGCACUACAACUUGCAGGCCGUCGCUUCCCAGAUUGCCAUUGCUGAGGAGGCGAUUGAAAAGCUCGAGUCCUUCAAGGAGUCCUCGUUGACUGCCAUCUCCAACAAGCUCCGCCUGCUGGUCGAGGUCAACGCAAAGAUCGAGCGCAAGCGUCUCCACUUGCUUCGCGAAGAGGUUGAGACGACUCGAGCGUCCAACUUUAAGCAGAAGGUGAGCGUUGAAGGCGCAGAGCUGCUCAAGCUCCGCAUUGAGCUGGAUCGCAUCUCGGCUGAACGUGAGCGCAACGAAACGGAGAUUGAGCGUCUGCUGAGCGCAUUCCCCGGUGGCAACCUCGAGUCGAACGUCCAGGCGGCUCCCCGUUACUACGCACCCGCCGAAUCCACCGUCACAACGCAAGGCCUGGCUCGUGGCACUAUUGUUGAGAUGGAAGUCGAGAAGGUGCUGCUCAACCUUCACAUUGCUCAGCUCCAAGCCUCCAUCAACGCCAUGUCUGCCGCUCGCGCCUCGCUGGCUGAAUUCAAGGCCAAGACGGAAGGCAAAGCUCCCACUCGGCUGCCCCAGAACAUUUCAUCCCGUCCCUGGAUUGAAGACUGGAGGCGAAAGGCAAACGCACCCCCAAGCGUGUCCUACCAUCAAAUGACGUUCUUUGAGAAGCUCGAGUUCCUGCUUCACUAA